AUAAACAAAUAUGGCGACUAGCGGGUUAAACGAGAUUCGAACAAACGAGAAUAUCUCCAUGGAUAAAAGCAAUUCGAGUGUUUCUUCCACAAUAUUACCAUGGGAUAGGUUUUCGAACUGGGUCUACUGUGUUUGCUCGGUAACAUUUGACCUAGAAUUGGGACAGGCAAUGGAGAUGAUUUAUCCUGCACAUGUAAAAUUGACGGAACGCGAGAAACUUAAUAUUUGCUAUUUGUCUUUUCCUGAUUCGAAUUCGGGUUGUAUGGGAGAUACUCAAUUCCAUUUUCGAAUUCGACAAUGCCCUGGAAAAAAAAGCCAUUUUCCCGCUCAAUUCAAUUAUAAUAAGGACUGCCCUGCAAGUUUACAAAGUGAUGCGGGCUAUUGGUUCGGUUUCGUUUACUUUCGCCAAACAAGAGAUCCUUCUCAAAAAAGAGGAUAUUUUCAGAAAUCUGUUGUUCUUAUUACUCGUUUACCUUUUACACAAUUCUUUUCGCAUGUGCUCUCAAUAGUAGCUAACGAAUUUUUUGAGAAUGGAGAAUUAAGUCUUGAAGCCGCUUGCCAUGAUAUUGACCAAUGGCCUGAACCUAUCCCAGGACAAAAUGUACAAUUACCACUUGUCGGUUCUGUCCUACAAGUUUGUAUACCUAGUCGAUUGGAUCAAAUGAUAAUAUCUCCCUUAAAAAUAGGCGAUUCUAAUCAUUCAUUGGGACAAGAAAUUUAUCCUUCAAUUCACGAAAUCGACAUAUUCUCACCACUUCAAACUGUUCUUAACAAUGUACAACUAUUGUGGGAACUUGUUUUAACUGCAGAGCCAGUUGUUGCAAUGGCUUCUUCCCCUAGUUUUUGCGCUAAUGCAGUUCAAUCCCUAGUCAGUAUGAUUUGGCCACUAAAAUAUUGUUCGGACUAUAGACCUUAUUUUACCAUUCACGAUUCUGAGUUUAAGGAAUAUACAACCAAAACUCGACUUCCUCCAUCAGUUAUUUUAGGAGUUACUAAUCCAUUUUUCUCUAAAACUCUUCAACACUGGCCUCACAUUAUUCGUAUAGACGAUAAUCUAGGAACGAGUGAGAAGUCUCUAUCAAAAAUGAAGAAAGCUUUCAAUCCUAAAGCCUUAGAUACCAAACCAGGAGUCUAUACAGAAUACAAACCGUUCCUUCAGAAAGAUAAACAAAUUCUUAAGAGAUUCGUUAAGGGAGUGGAAACCAAGAGGCCUUUAGAAGUUCAGAAUACAAUUUUAAAACGUUAUCUUAUGGAGCUAACCCAAAGUUUUAUGAUACCUUUGGAACGAUAUGCAGCUAGUUUAAUGCCUUUCCUAAAAAACAUAUCACCAUUUAAGAGUGUGCCUACUCUAAAACCAUUUGUCUUAAGUGACAUGCUAGCUAGUGUGGAACGAUCAGGUCCUCAACUAACGUGCGGAGUCAAAGGCGAUUGGUUGGGUCUUUAUAAAAAGUUUGUGCGAACUAUUAACUUCGAGGGGUGGUGGAGAUAUAGGCAAACCGAAAUGAAUAGAAAAUUGCAAGCUCUACACUUUGAAGCCUUAGCAGAUGCUGAUUUAAUAUUAUGGAUAAGAAAUAAGCCGGAAGUAGAAGUUGUGGAUAUUAUUUUAAGACUUAGGGACAAGCUUAGUUUGGCUCGACGAAAAAUAAUACCUGUCUCUGAAAAUUCAAUAAGAAAAGUUAAUAUUCAACUGGAGUCAAUUAUAAACUGCGUUCCAGACGAUUUAAAAUCCGUUUUAAUGAGUAAUAACCGCCAAAGAUGA